AUGAAGAUAAAUGUAGAAAAGAUCAACACAUCCGCUCAAGGAAUCCCACUGCCUAAAGCAACUCUCAAUCCGUCGACAAAAUCAGAUCCGUCUCACAACCCUACUUGUCGAAGUAAGCUGCCUCAUCGGAAAAUCAAGGCUUCUGGCACCAGAGUUCGGUUAAGGAAGGAAGUCGGAUUACCAUCUGGGAAAAGGAACAGCCGCCCGGAGACACCUUUGCUCAGAUGGAAGUUUGACGAAGAUAAGGACAACGAUGCUUCCACUAAAGAGGAGAAAUCGUCAGCUGAAGUUAAACGGAAAAGUGGCAGGAGAGUUAGGGUUAAUGUAUCGGCUAGGAAACUUGCUGCCGGACUCUGGCGGCUUCAGUUGCCGAAGUUUCAGAUUAAUGGUGGCCAAAGGUUAGGGUUUCAGUCUGGAGGUGCUCAUGUUGGGGUGGUCCCCGUUCAUGGUCAUCAUAUUAGUAAAUCACUUAAUUCUCCUGAAAAGGAUCUGUUACAUAGUCCGCAUUCUGUGUCUGGCCCAAGAAAUGGGCUUUCAUUUAAGUUUGAGCCCUCUUUUCAAUUUUCAAAUUCUGCAAUGGAGGGGGCUACAAAGUGGGAUCCUGUUGGCUGGAAGUCAUCGGAUGAAAUAAAGAAGAUAUUUGGCCAGCUGAAACACCUUGACAAACAAGCAACUGCUGCUCCAGUAAUAUCUGCACUUGAGGCAGAACUUGAGCAGGCUCGAGCCAGAAUCAAUGAACUUGAGAAUGAGCGCCGGUCUUCGAAAAAAAAACUCGAGCAUUUCUUGAAAAAACUCAGUGAGGAAAGGGCUGCAUGGCGUAGCCGAGAACAUGAGAAAAUUCGUGCAAUUAUAGAUGACAUAAAAGCUGACUUGAGCAGAGAGAGGAAAAACCGUCAAAGGCUGGAAAAAGUGAAUUCUAAGUUGCUCAAUGAGUUAGCUGAUGCCAAGUUAUCAGCUAAGCGCUAUGUGCAUGAUUAUGAGAAAGAGAGAAAGGCCAGAGAGUUGAUAGAGGAAGUCUGUGAUGAACUAGCCAAGGAAAUUGGAGACGACAAAGCUGAAGUCGAAGCACUGAGAAGAGAAUCGAUGAAAUUCCUAGAGGAGGUGGAAGAAGAGAGGAAGAUGUUGCAGAUGGCCGAGGUCUGGCGCGAAGAACGAGUCCAGAUGAAGCUAGUUGAUGUAAAGGUGAUGCUUGAAGAGAAGUAUUCUCAGAUGAACGUGUUAAUAGCAGAACUCGAAUCCUUCCUAAAUUCUCGAAGCUCAAACCGAAAUGCAGAGGAGAUGAAGAAGGCAGAGUUCCUUCGACAGGCAGCUGCCUCUGUGAAUAUACAAGACAUCCGGGAUUUCACUUAUGAACCCCCAAAUCCAGAUGACAUGUUUUCUGUCUUUGAAGAUGUUAAUUUUAGCGAACCCAAUGAGAGGGAGAUCGAACCAUGUGUUCAGUACAGUCCAGCUAGCCACGCCUCCAAAAUUCAUACAGUGAGUCCUGAAUUGAAUAUGUUCAAUAAAGACAAUAGUGCUAAUAGACAUUCUAAUGCAUACCUCAACCGAAGUGGUGAAUUAGAAGAAGACACAAGUGAAUGGGAAACGGUGAGCCGUCUUGAAGAUCAGGGUUCAAGUUAUUCCCCAGAUGGAAGUGAUCCCUCGACCAAUAAAAAUUUUCGUCCAAGUAAUAUUUCAAGAUGUGGAAAUGAGUGGGAUGAAAAUGAGGGCGAGGAAACGCCUAUCACUGAAAUUAGUGAAGUCUGCUCUAUGCCCGCACGACAUCCGAAAAAGGUAUCUUCCAUAUCCAGGCUCUGGAGAUCAUGCCCGAGCAAUGGUGGUGACAAUUACAAGUUCAUUUCAGUCGAGGGAAUAAAUGGAAGGCUUUCAAACGGCAGGCUUUCUAAUGGAGCUACCAUGUCUUCAGAUUGUGGUUCGGUUAAAGAUGGGUUUAAUCUCCAAGAUUUGGUUGGACAAUGGAGCUCGCCUGAAUCGGGGAAUCCAAAUAUAACGCGAGGGAUGAAAGGGUGCAUUGAAUGGCCACGUAGCGCUCAGAAGAGUAGUUUGAAAGCGAAACUUUUGGAGGCAAGGAUGGAAAGUCAAAAAAUCCAGUUGCGCCAGGUCUUAAAGCAAAAAAUUUAA